GUUACCAACCUAAAUUCAACAUUUAGUGAUUUUUUAUAACGAUUAUUUUAAAUUUCAAAAUCGGUCCCAACGGUUACUUUAAAUACCCGUUUAGUAAACACUUUUUUCAGAAUACGUGAUGCUUCUGUGAUAGUGCGUUCGUUAUAAACUUUAUUCGAAAUUGAGAAAUUAAUUUUAUUCCUUACAAAUGGAUUCCAAACAAGCUGCAAAUAAAACGCCAAAAACAAAAAUAGUGGAAAAAAUGUUACAUGUUAACAGUGAUAGUCCUUUUCGUUGUUUUCCAAAAUUUUCUACUCCACCGUCAAGAUUCAUGAAGAUAUUUAAUCCCUUUAACGUUCAUCUAGUGGAAAAACUGCAUUUACCACUUUUAAAUAAUAGCCCUACAGUUUUUACACCACAGGAAUCUGAAGGAAAAUUUAAGUGGUCUAUAGACGAUAUUUCAACACUAAAACCUGCUGAUAUUGAUGAAGCUACAUUAGACCAGCAUGUUUUUGAAGAGGACCCACAUUUAGAGUCCAUUGUGCAAGAAAAAAUUAAUACAUUUUUUAGUGAAAAACAAAUAGUUCCUAGUCCUUUGAAUACCAAUACUAUUUCUAGCAGACUACUACCAAGAGUUAGCCCCAGUACACCAUCAAGUAGUGUUUCGAAUGGUGCAACACAAACUAUGUUAUCAUUACCUCCAAAUCUGCCUGAUCAUGUAGAAGAGGCUCUAAAGCCUUAUUUUAGUUUUAAUGAUGAGACUGAAGUGAAAGAUGACUUAAAUCCUAACUCAUCAUUGCACCGGAAAUUGUUUGAUUUCCAAUCACCUGAACCCGUAGAAUGCUCAAAUAUUCCAUCUGAAUUGUCCUUAGAGUUAACACCUCACCAUGUCCAAAUUACACAUAUGCACAGGAACAAUUCAAGUUUGGGACCACUUCCUGAUUUGAAUGAGUGUGAAUUGUCACCAAUCAGCAGAAAACCUUCAAAAUUGUCUAGAUCUGCAUGUAGAUUGAGCUUCUCAGGAAGAAUGAGUGUGGAUGUGAGCUUAGUUGUUCCAGACAUUGAGAACAUCAGUAAUAUUUCCAAAGAAGGGAAAAAUUUGAGUGGUUCUAGUGAGUCCUCUAAUUCUAAUAGCAAUUGGGAUAUGGAAUAUAAACAAAUAUCUCUAUCACCACACAUUAAUAAUUCAAUAGAGCAUAUGGAAAUUACUAAUAAUACGACACCUCACUCAAAAUUGUUUACUAGUCAAAGAAAAAGACUGUCAGAGAGCUUUAAAGAUGAGGAAGAGAAGGAGAAUGUAGUGAAAAUUGAAGAAAACAGGAGAGUGAAGAAGCAACUUAUAAGGAAUGAAGAAGAUACUGGAUAUUUGACUGCCAGUCCAGUAUUUAGGGAAAUGAACUGGGAUGCUCAAGUAUUUGCUUCAACACCAAGUAAAAAGAACUCUCAAGUUUACUGAUGUUUAAAACUAAUGUAAUUAAUUAGUAUUUAGAAAAUUACUUCUUUUUGAGGAAAUACCACCCUUUAAGGCCUUUAUUCUGAUCUCGCAUGUUUAAUAAUGAUUAAUUUUUAAUUAUAAAAAAAAUAUUCUGUUAAAUAAGACUGCCAUUAUGACAAUAGUUUAAAAACUAAAUUAUCUAUUAAUUUUAGAAUUGUGUUAAUGCUGAAGAAGAUAAUCUUUAGGUAUUGUUGACAAAUAUUUGUAAUGGAACUCAUUUAGUCAAGUGUGCAAUUUAGACCAAUAUAUCCAUGGAAUUUUA